GGGAGUAGGGGGGACGAGUCAAGUUGGGUUGGCCGACGGCGAGCGACCGGGCGGCUGUUUGUUGGGAGUGUCGUUGACGUCGUCGUCGUCGGUGGUGAAGAAGAAGAAGAAGAACGAGGGCAACAUUUUUUUUGUGUGUGUGUCUUGGAAGCGAAAGAGGGACCGCGGUUAAAUACGUGAGCGCGAGGCCAUUCCACUCCGGGCGGCCAAGAUGAUCGACCAGAAGCGGAAAGCCCAGGAGCUGGUGCUGGUGGCGGCCAAGCGGCCCAGGAGCGAGCUGGUGGCCAUGGCUCAGGGCAACCAACAGGCCCUGCUCCAGGCGGCGGGUCCUUCCAGGUCGUCGAGUCUUCAAGCUCCUAUAAUGCUUCUCACAGGUCACGAAGGAGAGGUUUACUGCUGUAAAUUCCACCCAAAUGGAUCAACGCUCGCAUCAGCAGGAUUUGACCGACUCAUAUUGUUAUGGAAUGUGUAUGGAGAAUGUGACAAUUUUGCAACAUUGAAGGGGCACAGUGGAGCAGUCAUGGAAUUACAUUAUAACACAGAUGGCAGCAUGCUAUUUUCAGCAUCAACAGAUAAAACGGUAGCAGUGUGGGACAGUGAAACGGGUGAAAGAAUCAAAAGAUUGAAGGGUCACACAUCUUUUGUGAACUCAUGUUACCCAGCCAGACGGGGGCCACAGUUAGUCUGUACAGGAAGCGAUGAUGGAACAGUAAAACUAUGGGACGUCAGGAAGAAGGCUUCAAUUCACACAUUUCAAAACACCUAUCAAGUAUUGGCGGCAACAUUUAAUGACACAAGUGAUCAGAUUAUCUCUGGUGGUAUCGAUAAUGACAUUAAGGUGUGGGACCUACGACAGAACAAGUUAAUCUAUACAAUGCGUGGACACACAGAUUCUGUCACAGGCUUGUCUCUAAGUGGAGAUGGCUCCUACCUUCUCUCAAAUUCAAUGGAUAAUACAGUGCGAGUCUGGGAUGUACGGCCAUUCGCUCCUAAGGAGAGAUGUGUGAAAAUAUUCCAGGGAAAUGUGCAUAACUUUGAAAAGAAUCUCUUGAGGUGUUCAUGGUCAGCUGAUGGAAGCAAAAUAGCAGCAGGAUCUGCAGACCGAUUUGUUUAUGUCUGGGACACAACGUCACGAAGAAUCUUGUAUAAACUGCCAGGCCAUGCUGGCUCUGUAAAUGAAGUGGCAUUUCAUCCUGAAGAACCAGUCAUUCUUUCAGCAUCCAGUGACAAAAGACUUUACAUUGGAGAGAUACAAUAAAGAGGAACAGCUUGAGAAAAGGACUCGGUUUUAUUUCAACUGGUAGAUACCCAAAAAUGACUGUUUGGAGAAAAGUACUCAAAAUUACAAACUUGAAACUUCUGCCAACAGGUCCAACUGUGUCCCCUCUUGGCUAUACAUUUUCUAUUUUUAUUAUUUGAUAAACUAAGCAGAGCGUCAAUGACAGCGGGAAGCUUUGAUUGCAAAUGCCAGUGCUCUGUGUGUGGAUAAUCUGUGUACAUGUUAAAUACAUGGUCUGUAUUCUGUUUAUCACAGCUGUUUUUAUAUUGAUGGGAAAUAAAGACAAUUUUCCUUACAAUUGUCAUUGGAAUGGAUUGAGGGAUGGCUUAUGAACUUGGCUUCUGAUAAUCUUCGUGUUUUUCUGUUGUUCCUGUAAUUUAGUUUUAUAGUUUAGGUAUUUCUAAAGAGCUGUGGUAUUGAUAGAUGACUGAGUCUCUCAGAGCCAUAUUUCAGUUCUUAGCACCUAAAGCUGUAACUUAGCACCAGCCUCCGAAAGCCAACACCACUGCAUCAUGUGCAACAUUUCCCACUUCCCACAUUAUUUCUCCUUCGUGUUCAAUCGCCCAUUUUGUACUGUGUUACACGAAUAAGUACCUGUGCGUUUGCACAAACUUAUUUCACAUAAACCAGCAGAGAAAAGGCCUCUUUGGAUUCAAAUGCAGGUUCUAACAGUAAAGGCAACAUUUAAAAUGUGCUGUCUUUUCACCAUCCACCAGAGAAUGUGCACCAAACAUUUUAUCUUUGGAAUCGUAAAGAUCUUAAUUACAAGGGCACCCAACACAUUUCUUAAUUUGUGUGCUGCGUGGCAAUUAAUUGAAGAUAAAAUAUAAGCCUAUAUAAAUAUUCCCAUUUCUGAUCUACGCUUUAUGAAAAUUAUUUUUCCUGGUUAUGCUCCUGAUAAAAUCGAAAAAAAAAAAAUGUUUGCCAACUGCUUGAUAUGACAUUCAGUCAUUAAAACUAUGUUAAUGUAUUUUUGUGCAUUUGUUUGCUUACUACACAAAUGUACAAAUAUAUGCCCAACAUGUUCGUGUCCAUGAAUCGAAUCUGCCUUGAUAACUUGUGUGGUCAUACUCAAGCACUGGAGUAAAAUAUUUGCGACUUAUGCACUCGUGUGCACAUCUGAGCAUUUGAUUACUCUCUUGAGUCCAGUUUGUCAAUAAUCUACAUUAAAAGAAACCAUUCUGAGAGUG